AUGUCAUUCACGGAAGCAACCAAGAGCGAAUUACAAGAAACAGACGCAACAGUUGAACUGACUGAGAGCAGUACACAAGAAUUUGAGACAAAGCAAUCUGAAAAGGGAGACGGAAAAUACGUUGAAACGAAGAUUCCUAAAAAUAAUGCCAAAGAGAUCAGUGAAACCCCACAGCUAGUGACUGAGGAAGUGAAGAUAGACUCUGCAUUAAAAACUGAUACAGUGACUAGGAGCCCAUUCAGUGUCGAAGACAUUGAAACGAAGAUUCCUAAAAAUAAUGCCAAAGAUAUCAGUAAAACCGCACAAGCAGUGACAGCUUGGACUGAGGAAGUGACGAUUGACUCUGCAUUAGAAACUGACACAGUGACUCAGAGUCCGUUCUGCGUCAAAGACGUUGAAACGAAGAUUCCUGAGAAUAAUGCCAAAGAGAUCAGUGAAACCCCACAACUAGUGACUAAGGAAGUGACAAUUGAAUCUGCAUUAGAAACUGAUACAGUGACUCAGAGUCCGUUCCGCGUCGAAGACGUUGAAACGACAAUUACUAAAAAUAAUACUAAAGAGAUCAAUGAAACCGUGUCAUCUGUGUCGGAGGAAACGAAGGUAGAGUCUGAAUUAAAAACUGAUACGGUGACUGAGAGUCCAUUCAGUGUCGAAACAAAGACUAAAACCGCAUCUCAGGAUUUGACUGAAGAGGAAUUUGUUGAUGAUUUUACGAUUGCUGAUAGCAAAGAAGAGCUUAACAAUAAGGUUGAAAGUGGAUUUGACGAUCAGUUUGAAAUACUAAUGCAGUCUGUCGCGCUUGACAGCCAAGAAAAGGUAGAUGCCGUUACAUCCGUAGAGACCGUCAACAAGAUCAUUGAAGGUCAAGAGCAAGAAGAUGCGCUAACCUAUUAUAGACGACUAUCUGAUCAGAUUCAGGGCGAGAAUUUUAACAUGAAGCAGAGAGAUGAGUUUUCGCGUAGCAUUUCAACAGUAGCAGUUCCGGUUUUCAGCGCCGAGACGGUAGAAGGGUCUGCUUCCGCGACGAUUAUUUCUGAGGACGACACUGUAGCAGACGAAUUUGAAAAAAAUUUUGAAACAUACGUUGAAAGGCCUUCAAUAAAAACUGUACCUUUGCCGAUCAACGAGGAUAACGAGCCUCCUACUGUCUACAAUAAGUUUCUAGAUGAAGUGGUUAUCACAAAGAAUAUCGGUGACGUAAUUAUUGAUGCUGAUGGAACAAGCGGGUUCACCAAAACCCAACAAGCGGUCGAAGACCUUGAUAAGAUUAUAUAUAACGAGAGCGCAUUAGAGUCAGAACAGGACAUUGUAUCCGAAAAUACUAACAGUGAUACACAAACUCCAAGUAUUGCUGAGAUUAGGAGUGCUACUGGGAACUCUAAUGAAUUCGCGUUGCGGGAUGAUACUUUGCUACAUGUCGUUACAGAAACUACAGAUAAUACGGAUAAUUCAGAAAAAGUUACAUUCUAUCCGGAAUCUUCUGAAAUUCGGGCUGUUCCUCAUCGGGUAUCCGUCCAAAGCCUUGACGGAAUUCUUCCACCGCCAGAGACUACUGAAAAAAUUUCUCUAACAGAAGAAACUCGACGCAUAGAGGGAAUAGAUUAUACUAAGAACGAUCUGACCGAAGACAAUGACAUAUUGGAUGUUAAUGUCAAAGGUGAAUUUCUUUCUCAGUUGCAUACAGCAAUACGAACGAGGACAGUUGACGUGAUUAAUGAAGUUGAGGAACGUGAUGUAAAAAAUAAUAAACGUAAUGAAUUACUCGAGAAAGAGGCUAACGUGAUGGAAACAAAAGAGGAAGCUAUGAUACGAACGGGCCCGGUUGAUAAAGUUGAGGAACGCGAGAUAAAGGAAGUAAGAAAUGAUAAACGUGAGGAAUUACUCGGGAAAAAGGUUUAUGCGACGGAAACAAAAGAGGAAGAGGAAGCAAUGAUACGAAUGAUCCCAGUUGAUAGAGUUGAGGAACAUGAGAUAAAGGAAGUAAGAAAUAAUAAACAUGAGGAAUUACUCGAGAAAGAUAUUUAUGUGAUGGAAGCAAAAGGGGAAGCAAUUAUACAAACGAGUCCCGUUGAUAAAGUUGAGGAACGUGAGUUAAAAGAAGUAAGAAAUAAUAAACGUGAGGAAUUACUUGAGAAGGAUGUUUAUGUCAUGGAAGCAAAAGAGGGAGAGGAAGCAGUGAUACGACUGAGUACAGUUGACGUAACAUAUAAGGCGGAGGAUGGAAUUGUAUCAGAAGUAACAGAGUCAAAACAAGAGGAUGAAGAACACCAUGAAGCAUGGGAAACGAAUGCACGAGAGGAUGGGGUGGCUAUAUCAGUACAGACAACGAAGGUUGAAGUGGUUGACGAGAGAGAAAAUGUUGGAGAUAAUUCGGUAAUCGCAAAGAGUCAGGAUAAAGACAAAGAAUACGAAGACCUGGAUGGUAAGAAGAAAGUAGAGAAAAUGGAAGAACAAGAGAAGACACAUGCGUAUUCAACCUCUCGAGGGGCUUCUAUACUGAAGUGGCCUGAUAAUUUGAAUACGAGAGCAGUUGCAAAUAUGGAAACGCAAGUGUUUCAACCGAAAGACGAAACUGUAGAACAAGGAAGAUCUACAGAGGAAAUGCAUAAUUUGGCAAUGACGGAGAAUUCUAGCAAAGCCGAAGAAUGUGAAGAACUGCAUGCCGUCUUGAAACCCAAAGCAGAUGUGUCUCAAUCGCAAGACGAGAACGUCGAAGAAACAAAUCUGGCUACCCGAUUGUUUGAAAGAAGACCACAGACUUUACUUGAUCCGACAUCGUUUACUCCGGCGUCUAUGGCGGAAGAUGUUUUUCAUUCGAUGUUUAACCCUGGAUUCAACAACAAUGUGAUUCGAUUCAUUAAUAUUAUAUUUCUGAUACAGUUUGCCAUCUUUGCAUUUAUGGCCAUUAUAUCCCAGCAUCCAACUGUAUACUUGUUGAUAAUGCUGUCAUUUAUGUUGUUUAUUACGUUGCAUGUAUUCGUUGCAGUCGUAGCAAAAAUGCAAGCAGAAGAAGCUACCGCGAAGAUGAAAGAGGAGUGA